GUCAAGGCAUGGAGUACCAACUCUAGCUUCAAGAAGUGCCUGAGGAUCUUCCAGCAUCCGAAAGAGGUGUUGACCAUGUCUUUCCUGUUCCUGCGGAUCAUUACUGGCUGCAUGGACGGAAAGAUCCGGAUCUUCAACUUCUUAACUGGAGACUGCCUGAGAGUUAUUAAGACAAACAUGAAGCAAUGCCCUGUCCUUUCUCUGCACACGUACCACAACACUGUGGUUGUAAACAACAGAAGCAGUGUUCUGAUGCUUCAGUUUGCGGAGGUUCACUGGGACUACUCUGCCAGUGCUGUGAGGAAUUUUUUUGAGCAGUCCCACGUCUCCCCUGAGAAUGUGCUUCGGAGUGCUGAAUGGAUGACUCGAGGGAGCUCAUCUAGACAAAAAAGUCGUUCCCACCAUUUUAAGAGCCUCUCAACCCCCAGUAUGCAGCGUGCACAAG